UGGAGGACAGGUUGACAGACCAAAUCUUGCUUGGCAACCUGUGGCGUCCAACUAGGGCUGCGCGUGCGUUUUGAGAGCCGAGAGAGAGGAGAAAUCACACGUUUUAACUAAAUCAGCUGCUAGCAUGAUGUGAGAAAUGUCCAGUCGACAGAGAGGGGGACAUGGGGCUGGGAGAGGCGUGGCCAAGAUGCCCCCCAUAAAAAACAGUCCCCGCCCCUUCUACUCACCUGCCAGUGAGAAGGAAACCAGCAGUCAGAUUCUGAAGGAGGCACGAGCAUCAGUGACACCUGUUGGAUCAAAGAGAGUACCCGGAGUCAGGCAACCUCCCACAGGGCAGAGGAAACCUCCUGCAAAGAAAGGAGGACUUUUUGGUGAUGCACUUACCAUCCAACCUCUAGGCCAAACAAGAACCCACAGAGAUCUGAACAAGCUACCAGUAUUAGGAAACAAUGUGAAACAAACUAAAACUAAAAAUGAGAGCCGAGUGCUGUCCAGCCAUGCUGGCACCAGGAGUGAGGACAGUCCAGCGAUGGACAAUGAGAGAAGGACUGAGCUUAAGACUCUGCUACAGAAACACAUUGAGAAGCUGUCAGCAAUGUACCGUACUGAGGAGAUGCAGAGCUUUGGACGCAGGAUGAGGUUCAAGGGAGUUACAACACUCAAACCAUCUUUGUCCAGUCAGAUCCAACAGGUAUUCCAGGGACGACACGAUGUGGACAUCCCUCCCACAGCCAGGAUAGUCAGGGUCUUCCUCAGCUCAACAUUCACAGACACUGCAGAUGAGCGGAAUGCCCUGAUGCAGCACGUGGUGCCUCGUCUGAAGAUCUUCUGUCAGGAGAAGGGGUAUGAGCUGCAACUUGUGGACAUGAGAUGGGGGAUUCGUUCAGAAGCAGCAAACGACCACUCCACAUUAGACUUGUGUCUGAGGGAAAUCCACAACUGCCAAAAAGUCUCCACUGGCCCCACUUUUGUGACUCUCCUGUCCCACAAGUAUGGCUACCAGCCCCUCCAGCCUAAGGUAGAGUCAGCAGAGUUCAACACACUCCUGACAGGGGUGGACAGGAAGGAGGAUCAGCAGCUACUCCUCAAAUGGUACCAGGAGGAUGAGAAUGCCAUCCCUGCCACAUACAUCCUCCAGCCAAUCAGAGCCCUCCUUCCUGAUUACAACCAUUCAACCAAUGAGCAGCUGCGUAGUAAAGCAGAGACAACAUGGUGGGAAACAUCCACCUCUCUGCAUACAAUACUGAUGGAGGCUGCCCUUAAAACUUUGCAAACUGCCUCAGCUGCACACAGAUAUGUUUGCUCCAUAACAGAGUUGGAGAUAGAAGAAGGUCUCCUGAAGUCAACAACCCCAAACCAGCAGUGCCUGUGGUUCAGACGAAGCAUCUCAGGCUUAGAAGUGGACAACACCAGGAAAGACCAGUCCAAAAUGGCUGCAAAGUUCAUUGACCUUGAUGAAUCAGGUGGGAUCAACAGUGAAUCCCAGGCCCUGCUGCAGCUGUUAGAAGAGAAGAGGAUUCCAAGCAAGCUGAUGAGAGACAACAUCCACAACUAUCAGACAUCCUGGGGGAAGAAUGGAUUUGAAACAAAAGAGAAAGAGGAAUAUGUGCAGCAGUUCUGCACUGAUUUUGAGGACAGCAUAAAGCAGAUGGUGACUGAUGCCAUUGCCAGACAUGCCCAGUCAGAGGUCAAUGACCCGUUGUUUGAGGAAGUGUCCCAGCAUUCUCUGUUUAGCCAAAGCAGGAGCAAGGUGUUCUAUGGAAGACAAGACACAAUCAGGGAAAUAGAGUCCUAUCUCAACGGUGAAGUCACUCAACCUCUGGUGAUCCAUGGUGAGUCGGGCUGUGGGAAGACUUCUGUCAUGGCAGUGGCUGCUCAGACAGCCAGCAAGAUGGAGGGAGAGAGGGCGGUAAUACUGAGGUUUCUGGGCACCACCCCUGACAGUACCACCAUCCACAGACUUCUACUGAGUCUCUGUCAGCAGAUCAACAGAAUCUAUAAGGACAACAGUCGUGUUCCAGAGACCCUGCAAGAACUGAGAGAAGCCUUCCCCGCAUUUCUGUCCAAAGCUACUGCUGAGCAGCCAUUGGUUGUCAUUCUAGACUCUCUGGAUCAGCUGGACCCACAAGAUGGUGCCAGGCAGCUGGGCUGGCUUCCUAAGACCCUCCCCCCUCAUGUCAAAAUGAUCCUAUCCACCCUUCCUGAUGAGAAGUAUGGAUGUUUCCAACAGUUGCAGGCAACAAUCAAGGACUCAGGGCUGUUCCUGCAGAUCCCUGCCCUGCAGGAGGAUGCUGUGACCCACAUCCUGAGCGGCUGGCUGCAGGCAGCCCACAGGAAACUCACACCUGAGCAGACUCACCUGGUGGUGCAGGCCUUCCACACCUGCCCGCUGCCGCUCUUCCUGAAACUGGCUUUUGACGAGGCCUGCAGGUGGCAUUCUUUUUCCAAACCUGAGGAGACUCGGCUGCAGACCACGGUGGUGUCGUGUAUCCAUGCCUUAUUUGAAAGGGUGGAGAAGGACCAUGGGAAACUACUGGUUCAACAUGCCUUAGGUUACAUAACUGCUGCUAAGUCAGGCCUGACAGAGUCUGAGCUGGAAGACGUGCUGUCCUGUGAUGAUGAGGUACUGAAUGAUGUGUUUGAGUGGUGGGUACCACCCGUACGCCGCCUCCCAGCCAUGCUGUGGGUCAGGAUUAAAACAGAGCUCGCCCCCUACCUGGUGGAGAGAGGUGCUGAUGGUGCCAGUGUGAUCUUCUGGUACCACAGACAGUUCAUCGAGACAGCCAAGCAGAGAUUUCUGUCCUCUGAGGACCAGAGCAGGAAGCUACACAGCAACCUGGCUGAUUACUUCCUGGGGUCAUGGGCUGGAGGGAAGAAGAAGCCAUUCACCAGUAGGAAGGGUAAGAAAGGGUCAGCAGACAGACAUGUAGCCCCCCAACCCCUGCUAUACAGCACCAACAAGUACAACCUCAGGAAACUCUCCGAACUCCCCCAUCAUCUCAUCCACAGUGCCAACAGUCAGGUACUGAAGAAAGAGGUUUUGUGUAACCUACAGUGGUUGGAUACAAAGCUGAGGGCAACAUCUUUGAGGCUGGUUCUGGAUGAUUUUAACGCUGCCUGUCGGUCGCCCUUGACCCCUGACCUUCAGACAGACAUGGAUGUCCAGUAUGUGCGUGAGACCCUCCAGCUGUCCCAGGAAGGUCUGAGGUUCCACCCUAACCAGCUGCCAGGCCAGCUGCUCGCUCACAUCAAAACUGACCAGGAUACCUGUGGGAUCCUGUCCCAGGCUGGAGCCCCUCCCACAGGCUCGUGUCUGCUGCCCUCCAGGUCCUUCCUAACGCCCCCUGGUGGCCCACUCAUACACAGCAUGGUGGGACACACCCUGCAGGUCAUGGCAGUGGCCAUGACUCAGGACUCCAAGUUUGCUGUCACAGGCUCACUGGACAACACCCUUAAGAUUUGGGAUGUGACUGAUGGCUACAUGUUACACAGUAUUGAUGAUGUACCGUGGGAUAUUGAGGCAAUGAUUCAGCUCUUCAACAAUGACCAGUACAUUGUGACAUCCUCUAAUGACGGGAUUCGAGUCUUAAGGUUUGAGACAGGAGAGCAGGUGUACUUCUUUGAGAAACCACAGGAGGAGGAGAAGGACAACUAUUUCAUCUUCGGUCACGGCUGCAUUCUCAUCGCCAUUGGGAUCACAGUUAGGGUGUUCGACCUGAACACAGGUGUAGAACUUCAGCAGGAGGAAAUGGGGGACCAGGUUGCCAGAGCUCUAGUCAGCCCGAGCCAGCCACUUUUCUGCACACACUCUGCCAUGCACAACAUGAAGCACCUCAUGCAUCCCCUCAUGGAAGGCAAACGGUGCAGUCCGGAAUUUCAGAACCUUCUGGAAAACCUGCGAGACAUCCGCAGAAUGAUUGAGCAUAAGUCUCUCUUUGGAAUCACCUGCAAGGCCCACUUCUUUGAAAUUGCAUCCAGUGGUGCAGUAAAGUUGUAUGAUAUCAACACUGGCAAAGAAACAACGAUCCCUGCCAUUGAGAAAUGGAACCAGAACAAAAUAGAGAACGUCCAUCGCGCCUACUUCUCACCAAACGGCAGCUUCCUGAUUCUCACCUUCAUUAACCUGACAAUGAUGCUGGACCUGGAGACUGGGGACUAUCGGGAGGUGGGCAACAAACAGACUCUACGAAGGAUGGCCACAACUCAGGGGACCACGCUGGUGUCCAGUGGAUAUGAAGACUUCAACAUCAACAUCUGGGACCUUUCAAGACCCUCGCUACUUGUAGAAGAACCCACCACUGAAAUACUAACAAUAGUUCCGAAGAAUGUGAAUGGAAAAUCUCUCCUUACCUUUGUGUCAGAUGAGUCAGAGAAGGGAGAAUCAGUGGUUGUGAAGAUCGUUGAUGCUGAAACAGAAGAAGAACAGGACUCCCACCCAUGCAGUAACCUUCAGCUGGAGAAAUCAGACGUCAAGGCGGUCCAUGUUCUCUCUGAUGACCGUCUGGUUAUCCGUGCUGGGGAGAGGAAGAGGUUCAGUGUGGUGGACAUGAACACGUGGGAAGUCGUGACUCCCCUGCAGAGUAACCACUCAUCAUGUGAACGACAUUACGCGGUGGUGAGCAACCAGACUGAGCUGAUAUCUCAGGGUUUCAUGGAGAAAGAUCUUGACAUAUGCAGCCUGGAUUCAGGUGAGAUUGUUGACAACAUCGUCCCAGGACUGGAGCAGCGCUGUUACCAAAUGAAGACAGAUAAAGAGGGCAGGGUGGUCCUGCUACAGUUCCUCCAUCCAAAAGGAAUGCUACUACAGAUCUGGGAUGUUGCCAGUAGAAGCUUGUGUAUGACAGUUGAACCAGAGGGUGCUGAUGCUGUCACCUUCAGGUUUGGUCUGUCCCAUGCAGGGACACACCUGGCCUUGGGGAACACCUGUAAACUCACCUGUGGAGACAUAACCUUCAUCAACGAAGGGCCAUGUGUGCUGGACAUCCAGAGAGGAAAAGUUGUGCAUUUCUUCCCCGAGGGCCACAUUUUCCUGGAGUUCAUCUCAGACAGCAGAGUGGUGUCUACUGAUGUAGCACAGUGGCAUGUCUGGGACGUCACUACAGGAAGUAAGCAGAGUGUAAUGUCCAUCCCUGUCCACCCUAUGAUUGCGGAUGGACUGAUACUGAGUACAGUAGGAGACCGGGUUCUGGCAUCCACCGGAGACAAGAAGACGAUUGCUGUGUAUGACAUGUCCACAGGGACACAGCUGGGGAGCUUCACGUUUGAGAUCAUGCUGAAAGAGUGUGUGCUUCUUGGAGGUGGUGACUUGGUGGCUGCUCGCUUUGACAGGAAAAUGGUUAUCUUAAAACUGCACAACAACGUCAAGUAGACGACACAUAUCAAACAGAUUUUGUAUAUAUCAGAAUUUUAUGAGCCACAUUGUACAUAUUGCAUCCCCCCUUUGUGAAACCUGUGGUCAUUUAAGCAUCUGAAGACCUUACUGGAUAUCUCAGGAUCUGUAGUAUUAUACUAUUACAUUUAUAUACAUAAAGUAUUCAUACAAUAAAUACAUUAUUGUCUCCAGUGCAUUCCAUGUGAUCACCAGUAUGGUGUAAUUUGGUUGUAUCAAUCUCUUUAUCACUUUGUUAAUCUUGUACUUUAAUUUACAUGUGCAUAAUAACUGUCAUGUAUAUUCUAUUUUGGCAUGGUGUGGGAUUCACAUGAUUGUACUGUAGGGGAUUUCAUAGCAAGGCAUGAUGUUAAUUCAUGAACUAAUAAUUAUACCUGGAGGAUUGGAGCCUUCGUCAACCAGACGGGUUCUAAAAUUAUAAUUUAUGGUCUUAAGUGUUCCCCAAUCAUGUAUUCAUGAUCUGCAGCAAUGUUCCAUGCAGUAAAAAAAAUUCCAAGUUUGAUGCAAUAGUAUCUUUUUGAUCUUUUUACAAUAUGGAAUUGUUGUCUUUAAAUAUAAAUACUUCAAAGGCAAACUCUUCUCAACAAUAUAUAUUUAUAGAAUUCCUAUUGUGUGUGCUAUAAUAAGAAUUGUAAUCUUUAUGAGACUAGAUUGUACAUAUUCAGAUCACAGAGUUGUCUUACAAUGUAUUGUAAUGUGCAACAAAGUAAGGUCAAACACAUUUUGGCAAUAUUAAAAUUGUCUACAUUAUGAAUUGUCCUGGCCUGUCAAAAAUGUUUGAUUGGUAAAAGGUGCCUAGUCAUUUUCUUUGAGCAGGGGUGCUUUUCUUGGAGACUUUGACAUAUGAUAAUCCACAAAAGGGUUCCUAUUCUACAGAUCCAUGAACCUGAAUGGUUUAGCAAGG